AUGAGUUCGUAUUGGCUUAAACCGGUUCUAAUGUCGUCUUCAAGGGCCGAAAGUAUGGUCAUCGUUGUUAUGGGAGUUACCGGGUCGGGAAAGAGCUCGAUUAUCUCUCUCCUCGCCGACCAAGACGUGGAGCUGUCGCACAGCCUACACUCUAAUACUGUGAACGUCAAAGUAUACAGCUUCACAGAUGAGUUUGGAGGAACAGUGUUUUUAGUUGAUACGCCUGGCUUUGAUGACACAACCCGGUCCGAUGCUGAAAUUUUGAGAGAAAUCUCUUACUUCUUAGCAGCGUUUGCCAACCGCAGUCGGCUAGUUGGACUCAUCUACUUGCAUAGGAUCUCUGAUGCUAGAAUGCCUGGCUCAGCGGUGAAAAAUCUACGAAUGUUUAAGGGUUUGUGUGGUCAGCCGAAUUAUAAGCAUGUGGUCUUGGUAACCACCAUGUGGUCGGAAAUGGAAAGGAAUGGUGAAGGAAACGUGGCGCGUCAGCGGCUAUCAGAGCUACAAAGUACUUACUGGGCUGACAUGAUUCAAUCCGGGGCCAUGGUAAUGAAGCAUAACGGUCAGCAGUCAUCGGCUUUAAAUAUCAUUCACACACUGACGAAGAGUGCCAAUUCGUACGUCACUCUCGCCAUUCAGCGCCAGUUAGUGGAUGAGGGAAGAACAUUAGAUGACACUGAUGCUGGCAGAGUCGUCUGUGAUGGGAUCCAAGCCGCCAAGAGCAAGUUUGAACUGGAAUUUGCUGAACUGCGAGCACACUUGGACGAGGCGGAGCAAGACGAGGAUGAAAAAAGUAUCGACAACCUCAGGAACGACAUGGCAGCCGUCGCGGCACAAGCCAAACGACGCGCAAGAGAUGGCCACAGUCUCGAAGUCAGCAUUCAGCAACUGGCCAAAGAGCAUCAUCAAUGGUACCACGACCUUGUCGCCUCUCUCCAGGAGCAGGUUCACGGUGGCGCUCAGACACCUAGAUCUGUAAGUGAGGAGCGGUCCGCUAGGGCGCAGGACCACAAUCUAAAGCUCCAAGAAAAGGAGCUCGAGCUGGAAGAAAGAGAGCGGGGGCUCGAAAAGAGGGAGCUAGAGCUGAACGCGAGAAGGCUGGAGCUCGACAAGAGGGAGUCGAGACUCGGGCAGGGUCAGCAAACAGGGACACCCAGGAGAAAGCCACUCCAGCAUCGAUCGAGAAGCAUAGCCGAUCCUAAGAGAGAAAGAGCCCAUCAGGUCACUAGCGAACGAAAGAUCAAGUUGGAAAACAAGCAGGAGCAGAACGUCGGUACCCACCUUUUGGCUAUGUUCGGCUACCGUAGAGACGCUAUUGGGGCUAUCCGAAGGAAACGAGAGGGUCAAGAGGUAAAACGCACUAGCACUUCGAAAUCAUUGUCGGAUUUCGAGCAUCGAUCGCCAAGCGAAAGUCAGGACGAAUGA